AUGCUACCCGAGAACCUUCCGACCGACCCCGCGGCGAUGACACCUGCGGCGGUGGCGGCUGCGUUGCGUGUAGAUACGAAGGUUGGACUGAGUUCCAACGAGGUGGAGGAACGUCGCCAAGCGUUUGGAAUAAACGAACUGCCAAGUGAACCACCAACACCAUUUUGGAAGCUAGUGCUGGCCCAGUUUGAAGAUACGCUCGUCCGUAUUCUUCUGUUGGCCGCGACAGUAAGUUUUGCCAUGGCCGUUGUGGAGAAUAACGCCGCAGACUUUGUAGAGCCGUUCAUCAUUUUACUCAUUCUCAUUCUCAAUGCUACCGUUGGGGUUUGGCAGGAGAACCGUGCGGAGGGGGCUAUUGAAGCGCUCAAAUCAUUUGUGCCUAAAACCGCCGUUGUUCUUCGUGAUGGAGACAUCAAAACCGUUAAUGCGGAGGAGUUGGUUCCAGGCGAUCUCGUUGAGGUUGCUGUUGGCAAUCGAGUCCCUGCAGAUAUGCGUGUUGUGGAGUUACAUAGCACGACACUCCGCGCUGAUCAAUCUAUUCUUAAUGGUGAGUCCGUGGAGGCGAUGAAACAAAUCGAAGCAGUGAAAGGACGACAGGAGCGGUUUCCAGCUUGUAUGGUUUACAGCGGUACUGCUAUCGUUUACGGCAAAGCGCUAUGUGUAGUCGUUCGCACUGGUGCCUCGACAGAGAUCGGAACGAUUGAGCGCGACGUGCGUGAGCAGGAGGAAGUAAAGACACCACUCCAGGUUAAACUGGAUGAGUUUGGUGUGCUCUUGUCGAAGGUCAUUGGGUAUAUUUGUCUUGUUGUGUUCGCCGUUAACCUGGUGCGCUGGUACGCAACCCAUAAACCCACAAAGAAUGAGACGUUUUUCACGCGGUACAUUCAGCCUAGUGUGCACUGCCUCAAAGUUGCCGUUGCACUUGCGGUUGCGGCUAUUCCCGAGGGUCUUCCCGCGGUUGUGACAACUUGCUUGGCACUGGGGACUCGACGGAUGGCGCAGCACAAUGCCUUGGUACGGGAUCUUCCAAGCGUAGAGACACUGGGUCGCUGCACUGUCAUUUGCUCGGAUAAAACGGGAACACUUACAACGAACAUGAUGUCUGUUUUGCAUGCCUUUACUCUUAAGGGGGACGGAAGCAUCAAGGAAUAUGAGUUGAAAGACUCCAGGUUUAACAUUGUGUCAAACUCUGUGACAUGCGAAGGAAGGCAAGUGAGUUCACCGCUGGAGCAAGAUGGUGCCCUCACCAAGCUUGCGAACAUCGCUGUGCUUUGCAACGAUGCAUCCCUGCACCACAACGCAGCCACAGGUCAGGUUGAGAAGAUUGGCGAAGCGACUGAGGCAGCCCUUUUGGUAAUGAGUGAGAAAUUCGCAAAUAUAAAAGGUGACUCUGCGGUAAACGCCUUCCGUACACUUUGCGAGGGGAAAUGGAAAAAGAAUGCCACAUUGGAGUUCACGCGCAAGCGUAAGUCGAUGAGUGUGCACGUCACAAGCACAGUAACGGGAUCACCGGCCUCAAGCACAAACAAUCUUUUUGUGAAGGGAGCACCGGAAGAGGUCUUGCGUCGUUCCACACACGUCAUGCAGGACAAUGGUGCCGUUGUACAACUCAAUGCCACACACCGGAAGCGCAUUAUAGAACAAUUGGACAAAAUAUCAGGUGGUGCCAACGCUCUUCGUUGCAUUGGAUUUGCCUUUAAACCGACAAAGGCAGUUCAGCAGCUGCGCCUGAACGAUCCUGCAACUUUCGAGGAUGUCGAAUCUGACCUUACAUUUGUUGGUGCAUGCGGUAUGCUUGACCCGCCACGUGAGGAAGUGCGCGAUGCUAUCGUGAAGUGCCGCACCGCGGGCAUCCGUGUUGUCGUCAUCACUGGAGACCGCAAGGAGACGGCGGAAGCGAUUUGCUGCAAACUGGGACUAUUGUCUUCUACAGCGGACACCACUGGGCUGAGUUAUACGGGACAAGAGCUCGAUGCAAUGACACCGGCGCAGAAACGUGAAGCAGUAUUGACAGCCGUACUUUUCAGUCGCACGGAUCCAUCCCACAAGAUGCAGCUUGUGCAACUACUGAAGGAUGAGCGACUCAUUUGCGCUAUGACAGGUGAUGGUGUAAAUGACGCUCCGGCACUCAAAAAGGCAGAUAUUGGUAUUGCCAUGGGAAGUGGAACCGAGGUGGCGAAAUCAGCGAGUAAAAUGGUCCUUGCGGACGACAACUUUGCCACCGUUGUCAAAGCGGUGCAAGAAGGACGAGCCAUCUACAACAACACAAAACAGUUCAUCCGGUACCUUAUCAGCAGUAACAUUGGUGAGGUUGUGUGCAUCCUUGUAACAGGCCUCUUCGGUUUACCUGAGGCGCUCUCACCAGUGCAACUCCUGUGGGUAAAUCUUGUUACAGAUGGUCUUCCCGCAACUGCCCUUGGCUUCAAUGCUCCAGACCGCGACAUCAUGGAGCAGAGGCCGCGCCGCAUGGAAGAGCCGAUUGUGAACGGCUGGUUGUUUAUGCGCUACAUGGUUAUUGGUGUAUACGUUGGACUGGCUACAGUCGGUGGGUUCCUUUGGUGGUUCCUGCGACAUGGCUUCAGCUGGCAUGACUUAACCACGUACACGGCAUGCAGUGACAUGACGAACGGCACUUGCUUGCUUCUUGCUAACCCGCAGACGGCGAGAGCCAUCGCCCUCUCCAUUCUCGUCGUGGUUGAGAUGUUGAACGCACUGAAUGCACUGAGCGAAAAUGCCUCGCUCAUCGUGUCCCGACCAAGCAGCAAUGUGUGGCUUCUUUUCGCUAUUUUUUCAUCUCUUUCUCUGCACCUAAUCAUAAUGUACGUGCCGUUCUUUGCCAAGCUGUUCAACAUUGUGCCACUCGGAGUAGAUCCGCAUGUUGUGCAACAGGCACAGCCGUGGAGUAUUCUCACCCCAACAAACUUUGAUGACUGGAAGGCGGUGAUUGUGUUUAGCGUACCAGUCAUCUUUCUUGAUGAAUUGCUGAAGUUUAUUACGCGGCGUAUGGAGAAGGCCCAGGAAAAGAAGAAGGACUAG